AGGCGACCGGGGAGCAGGUGAGAGAGAGAGAGGGGAAGAGAAAAGAGGGAGGGAUAGUUUUUUGCACUUCAACACAGACGGUGUGGGAGGACGACGCACUUGGAGCUUCAGAAAAGCCGCUGUUGUUCACACGCGGUGCUCUUUUCCUCCCCCUGGCACCGUGCGCGCUCGCCGAGCCGCACUGUUUGGAGAUAGUCCGCGCGGAAAGUUUUUGGAGCAUAAAGUCUGGAGCCGAUCAAUUAAUGUUUUUAUUUAUCUUUUUCGGUGAGGCGGAUGAAUGACUUGCUUUUUUUGAGAGUGGAGACUUUUAAUCCGAGUUGGGGAAUUGUCUUGAGUCGUUUUUGGUUUUUGCACAGAAUGGAAGGUAAAUUGACGAGUCGUUUGUGGCGAGGAUCACCGUGUGGAUCUUUCCGCAGGUAAAACGCGCCGUGGCGUGAGCGUGUGAUCUGCUGGAAUUAAUUGUCUGAACAUUUUUACGUCGUUUUUCUUCUUGUGGUGUAGUUUAGCUGGAUUCUGGGACAGUUUUCCACUCGGACAGACAAGUUUCAUGCUGCUUUUAAUUAGAAGCGAAUCAACAGUUAGGUUUCCGCCAGUGGCGCUUUGGGUUGCCGUAGGUGGUUGUAUUUGUUAAUAGGUACCGCAAAGUCACGCACUGAAUCGUGAAAGGAAAGGACUAUUUCCACACACUGUCACCAGAUACUUCAUCCAUCCCGCUGCUUACUACCAGACUUUAAGCUGUUAAGCGCACGGAGCGCUUGCACUGAUUUUUUUUUUUCGAGGUGUGCGUCAAACACUAAACCUGAAGAACUCUCAGCUUUGACUCCCUGAGCUGCACUUUGUUCAUCCCAACCAGGCAUUUCCAAGAGAUUCCGGGGAAAACGAAAAAAAGAAACUACGGUACUCGCCUUGAGUGCAGCGGAAAAGGAAAUCUUAAAUCCACCUGGCCUGCUCUGUGAUUAUUGGUUUGCUAUCGUCUGCAGAGAGUGGAUUACGACUUCUAACGGGCUGUGCUCCCCGAUCACUGGCAGUAUGAACCUGGGGCUAGGCUGUGUGCGUCGGCCGAUUUGCUGGCCCUUUGGCAGCGUGUUGGACUCCAGACACUGUGUCUUUGCCCUCACACUCCUCACUCUCCUCAUGCAGGUGGUGGUGGAGGCCAACUCGUGGUGGUCUCUGGCCAUGAACCCUUUACUAAUCCCAGAGGCCUACAUCAUCGGCGCCCAGCCUCUGUGCAGCCAGCUGGUGGGCCUGUCACAGGGCCAGAAGAAGCUGUGCCAGCUCUACCAGGACCACAUGCAGUACAUCGGUGAAGGUGCCAAGACGGGCAUCAGAGAGUGCCAGUACCAGUUCAGACAUCGGCGCUGGAACUGCAGCACGGUGGACAACUCCUCCGUUUUUGGACGGGUCAUGCAAAUAGGCAGUCGAGAGACGGCAUUCACGUAUGCCAUAAGUGCCGCCGGCGUGGUGAACGCUGUGAGCCGGGCCUGCAGAGAGGGUGAGCUUUCCAGCUGUGGGUGCAGUCGUGCUGCUCGCCCCAAAGAUCUUCCCCGAGACUGGCUCUGGGGCGGCUGCGGAGACAACCUCAACUACGGCUAUAGGUUCUCCAGGGAGUUCGUGGAUGCCCGUGAGAGGGAGAAGAGCUUCCCCAAAGGCUCACACGAGAAUGCACGGCUGCUGAUGAAUAUUCACAAUAAUGAGGCAGGACGGAGGAUUGUGUCAGACCUUGCCCACGUGUCCUGCAAGUGCCACGGAGUAUCAGGUUCCUGCAGCCUGAAGACCUGCUGGCUGCAGCUGGCCGACUUCCGCAAGGUGGGCGAUGCACUGAAGGAAAAGUAUGACAGCGCCGUAGCCAUGAAACUCAACUCGAGAGGAAAGCUGGUGCAGAUGCACAGUAGGUUCAACCCUCCCACGAACCAUGACCUGGUGUACAUCGAGCAAAGUCCAGACUACUGCUUGAAGAACCAAAGCACAGGCUCUUUGGGCACAGUGGGGCGGCUUUGCAACAAGACCUCAGAGGGCAUGGAUGGGUGCGAGCUGAUGUGCUGCGGCAGAGGUUACGACCAGUACAAGGCCCAGAUAGUGGAGCGGUGCCACUGCAAGUUCCACUGGUGCUGCUACGUCAAGUGCAAGCGCUGCACCAAAGUCGUAGACCAAUUUGUCUGCAAGUGAGAAGAAGAGUGUUGCCUGUGUGUGUUGGCUUGCAGAUAAUGGGCAUAAAUCUGUGUGUAUUCAUGAGCAGAGGAGCUGAACACAGAGAGAAUGGAAGAAAGAAACUAUAUAAAUUAUAUUUAUAGAGUUAAACAAUUAUGCCAUUGCAAAAAGACUUAAAAAAAUCAUAUGUCCUCAGAAACUGAGAGUAUUGUGAAAUAUUUAUUUUCAGAUUGUAAUGUUUUAUUUUGGCCCGGUCAUCAGCAGAAAACCUUUAAAUCUUUCAAGUGCCUAAAACUGGCUGGAAAUUGUAUACCAUGGUUCCUUUUAACUGUUUUUUUUAACCACAGAAAAGGCUCUGUAGAGGAAAUGGGUCACAGCGUUUUAAAUUGGACUGUGCCUUUCAUUUUCAUAGAUGAGUAAGGUUUAAUUUUUGUGGCAUAAUUGACAAAAGGUCCUAUUUUGUUGUUUGGAGAGAGACUAUAAAGAGGAUGUGCUGUAGUCUUAUUCCCAGACCAGCCUUCACAUCGGUGCUGAAGUCUGCUUGUCCCCCUUCACCUGUACAGUAAGGAACACUGUCGGUUUGUACGAGUCCUUGGAGUACAAUGGGCACAAGAAGAGGGCUAUUUUGGGGAUUGGGCCAUUUUGACUAAGCUGUCCCAGAUGCCUUAGAGUUCCCCAGGUGCUGCAACAAGCCCUCCAUCAUUAUGCACUUUGAUACAGAGGCUUAAACAUGUCUGUACGUGUCUGUUCAGCUGUUAUCGUUAUAUCAAUAUUAUAGCCUACAAUCUUUCCAUAUUACUUCAAAUUAUCCAUUUAACAUUAUUCUACAAUACUUAACACGGUUUAAAUAUAUAUGGGCAAUGUUGUGGUUACAGUGGAGAAAUAUUCCACACUGUGUAUAUAGUACGUCUAUCCAACAAACCAAUCAGUAAACUGUAUUUAUUUUCCUAAAACAGAUUUUAGCUUUCAGCAGAAAAGCUUCACAAUAGACCAAUAAUGAGGCAGGCAUCCCAAAGUUCACCUUUUAAACGGUAAUUCUCACUAAUGCGGCUCCUCACUGUUUUUGCAAAAGGGAAAUGCACCUUAUCGUCGUGGAAACAACUCAUGCUUUACUCUCACACACAUUGUAUCACCGGUGUUCAGGUUACGAUGCUGCCACACAUUUCCACUACCACUCAGUUAACUUCUUACUGUCCCUGUGAUGAUUCUCGCUAGACAAACUAUUUCUACCAAUCCAACUAUGUAUAUUUAUAAGCUUCUCUAUGAAUUUGAGGUUUGUUAAACUUAAUGUGCUAUAGCAAAUAUUUUGUUAUUUUUUACAAAUUGGCUCAAUGCUCUACUUUGUUUCAAUAAAUACCGAGUGUAA